CUAGUCUAGUAGGUUUUGGCGGUCGAAAGAUAGGGUUUCGAAAAGUACAAAUCUUCAAGCAAAACUCGUUACGUACACUCUGUCAGGUAAAACAGUAGGGUGCGAUUUCGGGCAAUGUCAUUGUAAGCUUGGCACUUAGUAAAAAUCCAGUUCAGAUAGAUACAAGUAAAACUAUAUGUGCUCCGAACAGUAGUUAGUACCAAAUGCGAUUCCUUGAAGCUGAUACAGUUACAGGCCUAUCAACUAGUAAUCUACGAAAGUAAACUGUAAUGACGGAGUUAAUUGAAAGGCUAAUUUAUAUUUGCUUAAAAAUCAGGUCGUUUUGUUUUGCAAUACUGAUUUAAAUGUUCAAAUAAAAUAUCAUAACGAUAACUCGUCCAGCUCAAACCUUUGUAGGGGUAAGAGGUGGGACCAUCAUCAUCAUCAUCAUCAUCAUGGACACAGCAGCAAUGAACAACGGGCACACUAACAGUCAGUCUGAGUUGAUACUCUGACCAGGUCAGUUCACGUGGAGAAAAUCAAUAGCCCCGUAGCAUUAAACCUGAAAAAAUGAGGUGCCUUGGUGGAGUCCUCGCCAUUUUAGCGCAACUGAUUGUGGUCACUUCCGCUGAGGACCCUAGCUUCAGAAUUUUGGCGCCCAAAUUCAUCUGCGGAAAGUCGAAAGCGGAGGUCACCUCGGAGAAUCAGACCGAUUCCGGCGUAUCGCAGCAAAUUACUAUUGGCCUGCAGACCAAGGGUGGCCAGAAGUUGAAAUACCGAGUAACUGUUACGUUUACGCUGCCCGGGUUCGUCAGCCAACGCCACACGCUGCAGCUGUGGAAGAGUGUCCGCCAGCUCGAGCAAAGGCUUGAGAAGGAGCGGGAUGCGAUAUCCGACACGAAUCAAAUUUUGAUCAUGAACGAAGAGUUGGUAGCGGGGGUUAUUUAUACGUUCAACAUUGUGGCGAUUGGAGAGGCGGGCCCCAUUGGCGUUGGCCAAAACUUUACGAUAAUGUAUCGCGGACGGAAUUCACAGGCUUCGGUAGAUCAGGAUGGUUCAUCGAACAGCGAGGACGUUUCGUUGCUACUGCUCGGGGCCGAGGUGUGUUACGCGGAUAUUCCGUACAUUCUGAAGGCUCGACUUAUUUUUUGUGAGCCAAAGAACGACUACACGCUGGCGUGGAGCAUUACCGGGGUCGAUCACGUGAGUGUGAAUACUGAAUCAAGUGUGCUGCAGAUCCCACCGGGUGUGCUGAGUCCAGGUUCUACUUAUUCUAUAAGCGUUCGCGUGGUCGGAAAUUCGAGCGGUAAUGAAAUUGUUAAGGCAACGAUGAAACUGACUGUAUUGAAGCGACCGUUGAUGGGAAACAUCUACCCCUUCGAUGCUGCAGUUGGUUUUGCACAAACUACGGAAGCUAGGGUUGCCUACAACAAGCCAGUCGACGAGGUUUCCUGGGAGUGUAGGGAGUCUGCAGAUAUUAGCUGUACUGAAAAUUUGAUUCAAGGGAAGAAUUUAGUGACAACGUCAUUCUUGAAAGAGUCCAAGUUCCAGAUAUCUGCCUCGGUAGAACAGUUAACACUCGUUUCGAACAUCAAAGUAAAUGCCAAGUCUACAAUUUCUGUAACUCUCCAGAAGACACCCCCGCUCUAUCUGAUACCUGGUAAUCGUUACGAAGUAACCGUAGACGUAGCCGGUCUCGUUCCAAAGUGUACAAGUAACUGGACCCUCUCAAAUGAAGAAGGCUUCGCGUAUUUCGACACCACCGCAAUCGGUGGACUCGGCAGCAUCUUCAUCAACGAUAUCGAGGAAAACUUUCUGUCUGAACUGGUCGACUACGGAAACGACACCGUUGAACGGGAAGUCCGGUUGAUCAUUCCCAAAGAAGCUGAAUUGGCCCGCAAUGCGCUGUACAAGUUUCGGCUGGUUACGACUUGUCCCGAGCCAAUCGACGACAGUGUUGACGGCGGCAAGACUCGAGGCAGCGUCGCAAGCCACUGGGACAUGGUACUAGAAACGAACGGGCCCCCGAGUGGGCUUUCGUUAACGGUAGUUCCCGCGGACAAUGGUACAGCGCUUAACACGUUUUACACGUUGUCAACGGGGAUCGCUAACGAUACAGCGUCGGACUUCCCACUAAGAUAUACGUACUGGUACGUCGCCGAUGGUAAUACGGUCCAGGUUGGAGACUUCUACGAGGUCAUGUCAACGGAAACGCAACUGCCGUAUUCCGAGAAGAACGUGUCCGUGUUUUAUACGGUAUGUGAUGCGCGGCAAGCAUGCUCCCGCAUAGAUGGUCCUCAACUACGCGUGCGAGCAAACCCGUCGAUAGGUUUGCCCGAUGUUUUGUUCCGGCUAGAUGCCGUCCAGAAACACUUUGCUCGAGGAAACUAUCAAGACUCGAUGAAGGUUGCGUUCGAAACGUUGCUAACACUCAAAAAUCAAGCAUCUGGCUUGUACGACGAGGCGUACUCGAGAUAUACGAUAAUCCUGGAGUCUCAGAUAAAGUCCAUCAAGGAAGCGUUCGCCCAGCAAUCUAGCUACAUCACCCAGACUAGCGUACUGCAAUUUGCCUUGCAGGCAAAAGCCAUAAUUGACUUCAAGCGUGGUAGCAACGAUCACCUGCUGGGCGAACUUCUCGAGUUGAUCGACUCCGUUGACCGCAAACCUUCGCGUAGGAGACGUGCCGCUAAUCCAGAACCAAUCUUAACAACGAAGGAAGUCGAUAGCGUAACCGCUAAGUUGGAGGUCUACAAAAGCAUAGUAAAUUCGCCCAGCGCAAACCUCAACGGAACAAAUCAACUGUUGGCGUUCAUCCCGAACGCUACCAGAAUGUACUGCGAGAUGGAGGAGUCGCGGUACUCGGGGGAGGACGGAUGGCUCGUGCUGGAGACUAAGCGAUUGAAAGCAACGGAGAGGAAUUUGCUCACGAGUGCCGAUCGGAUUCCUUCGGAUAAUCCGCGUGUAUCGCUGAGGUCUGUUGAUGGAGCGAAAACCGAACAGCCGUUGAACAAUGUGAGCUUGCUCUGUCUAGGAAAGAUUCUCUACGGAAGAGAUAUUCUGGUGAAUGGGACAGGAUCACCAAUGGGAAUGUACCAAGUGAUAUUGGUGGUGGUUUAUAACAACGCAACUCAAAAGACUAUCGACUGGAAGGAAGGGAAGUAUGUUUGGAACGUCACUGUGGACGAAAAUGCAACUAACUAUGAGUGUCAAGUCUGGAAUGAUGACACCAAAUGGAGUAGCAAAUCGUGCAACAGUUCGUACCUUGGCUCUCACGUCGUCUGUGAAUGCACUCAGUUGAACUAUCUGCGAAUCAUUCCCGCCAAUGAAAGCGCGGUCGCAGAAAUUACAACAAUCUCAACAACCACGACUCAACUGACGACAGAACCAACUUCAACAGCCCCCGAAACAGUCAUCACCACAGGAAGUGACAUGGUGACGUUCUCUCCAACUACCGAUGCACCAGUUUCACCGACUACACCCACAAGUCCUGCCCCCGCUACCCAGCCAUCAACUCCACCCAAAACCACAAGUCCUGCCCCCGCUAUCCAGCCACCAACUCCACCCAAAACCCACUCAACCACCGUCCCAAUCCUCCCGCCCUCUGCAAGUCCGUUAAACUCCACCCAAAUGGCGUCCGCGACACUCACCUCAAGUGGCGCCCUCGGAUACUCCAUCUUGGGCGCCCUUGCGCUUUGCGCCGUGCUCACAAUGGCUGCGUUUGUGCUGUACCACCGUCGCCGGAACACGACCUCGCUGGUGGACGAGCUGCAGGGCAUUGCAGGGCGGGUUCGGGCGCAGUCGCUACCGGUGCGGUACGCGCGCUUUCAGGACGAGCACAACAUGAGCGGAGACAACGUGUCCACCAUCUCGGACACGGUGACGGUUUGAAGCGGGCGUUCGAUGUGGGUUGGUGUUGAAGUUCGUUAGUGUUGUAUUUGUUGUAUUUUGUUGUGACUGUUUUUUUGUUGUUGCUAUAAAUGACUCUCGAACAGUGUUGCAAGUGAGUGAUAGAAAAGCGAUCAAUUGAUUAUCUCUGCACCAAAAACAUCCGAGAGUAUAGCGGCCGUCACCAUAGCUUGUGAAAUCUCUUCUUGUGUCUCGUGAUUCCCAGCGAUAGCAUUCUCUCUC